AUGGGUCAAAAAUAGUCUUAACAAGAAGAACAGAUCUUGAAGAUUUAGCCAGUAUCAAAGAAAGCAUAUGUUAUCGGAAUAUCAUCCUAUGAUAAAAUCUCAGCAAAUUAUAAAAAUCUCCCAUCAGCCAAUAUAGAUGCAUUUGAAAUUAUGAAUGUCCUUAAAUCCUAAAACUUUAAUGUAGCUACAAGUAUGCUAGCAACCUUAGAUGUGAUAAAAAAUCCAUCUAGUGCAAGAAAAUCAGAAAUUGACAGGUAAAUAUAAAAAUUUAUUUUGGAAGAGUAAUAAGCAAAAUAAAAAAAGAAAUAUGGUCAUAAAUUUUACUUUAUCUAUUAUUCAGGGCGAGGCUUUUACUAUAAGGAAACUGGUUUAACAUUUGGUAUAGACUCUGAUGGAAAAAUAAUAAACUUUUAGAAAUACAUUGAUCAAUUUGUAAUAGGAGGAUUAUAUGCACUCUUUUUCAUUGAAUGUGAUAGAAAAGAGACAUGUGAUGAAAAUCUUUUGAAUUAGAUACACUAAGAGUAGUAUUAAUCUCCUGAAAUUUUGGAAAAAUUCGAGACUUGUGCAGUCAUAGUUAAAUAUACAACAGCUGCAGGCUAUAAUAAACCUAUAGAUGGAUCCUUUGUAAUGAGCAGCGAAUCAUAUGAUCUAAUUAGGAAAAUAAACUUGAAUGGAUUAGGUAAAAAUUUAAAUGAAAUCUUCUAUAAUCUUAAACCUAAUUGCUAGUUACAUGGAAACCUAAUGCAUUCUUAAGUCUAAGUAUUUGAUUAAAUAAAACUAAUAGAAGCUGGAUACUAUGAUUAAUCAGUUUACAAGGGAUAAUCAAACUUUGCUAAUUUGAGAAAUGGUUUUGGCUAUUAUAAAUGGGUUGAUUAAGGAGAGUAUGAAGGAUAUUGGAUUUAGGGGUUUUAGAAUGGCUAUGGAAAACAUCAUCACUUUCCUUCAGGCAAAAUACACUAGGGAUAUUAUUAAAACGGAGCUAUAGGUAAACUAGGCCUCUCUAAGCUGCCUGGAGGUCAAAUAAUAGAUGGUGAAUUCUAAGAUUCUAAACCUCAUGGAUAUGUUGAAUUUUAUUACGCCUAAAAUGAUCGAUAUUAUGGUAGUAUGAAAAAUGGGUAAAUAUUGUGUGCCUUAACUAUUUUAGUUUGA